AUGGCGCCCAUCCACUUUGGCUGCUUGGUAUUCGACUAUCAAGCAAUUGAUGUCAUCGGUCCAUGCGACUUGCUUAAUUCGUCCAGCAAACGUUUCAUGACUGCCAUAAGCUUCUUCGGUCCAGUCGACGAAGAAGCCGUCGCACGCGCGCCCGAUUUCGUUUUCCAUCAUAUUGGGGAAACACGGGAGCCGGUCCCUCUGCUCACAAGCGGGUUGACACUCACGCCUACCACCACCGUGGAUGACUGCCCGGAGCUGGACUGUCUCUUGGUUGGCGGGCCCAACCCAGCUCGUUUCCAAGUUCCACCGAAGUAUGUGGAGUUCAUCCAGCGUCAUGUUGCCGCUGGAAAACUACUGUUUACUACCUGUACUGGGGCGGCAGUUGUUGCGGCCACUGGGGUGCUGGAUGGGAAGCAUGCGACAGUCAACAAUCUGGAAUAUAAUUGGGUAGCUAAACAAUAUCCCAAAGUGAAAUGGACAAAAGAUAAGAAGUGGAUUGUGGAUGGAAAUAUCUGGACAGGCACUGGGGCGGUUGCUGGAAUGGAUAUGUUCGCCCACUGGUUGAAAGAGAACUUUGGGUUGAAUGUGCUCCGACAGGGAUCGCUGUCUCUUGACUACGAACCUCGUGACAGCGACGGACUAUUUAAUGUGCUGCCACAACGGCAUGAUUCGACUGGAAGGAAAGUCUCCACGCAUGUAUUUCCUUAA